GGCAGCCCCCUAGCGCGCCUGCGCAGCGGGCCACCCUCCGCUUCCCCCCUUCCCCUCCCCCUUCCUUCUCCCUCCCUCCCUUCUCCCUAACCCCCUCCCCCACAGCCCCCUCCCCCAAUUCUCCAUCCCCUUCCCUCCUGGUCUCGGAGGACCCCACUGUAGCCCGACCUGCCUCGGCCCGCAACCUCGGCGAAGCCGUCGGUGCCACUCCCCGCCCAUGUGGGCCCCCGCGGGCUGCCCACGCCUGUCCCCCAGCUCCCCGUUCCGCUGGGCUUUCCCCUCGUCGUGGGUGGCUUUGUGAGCCGCCCGCUCCGUGCCCCUCUCUGCAGCCUCUUCUGCCACUCGGGGCCCCCGUUCCCCCUCCCGGUGGCGGGGGGCUGCCCCCGGGGGGCUGGCGGAGCUGGGCCGCGGGGGCCCCGGGGCCGGCGGUGCCGGGGUCAUCGGGAUGAUGCGGACGCAGUGUCUGCUGGGGCUGCGCACGUUCGUGGCCUUCGCCGCCAAGCUCUGGAGCUUCUUCAUUUACCUUUUGCGGAGGCAGAUCCGCACGGUAAUUCAGUACCAAACUGUUCGAUAUGACAUCCUUCCCUUAUCUCCUGUGUCCCGGAAUCGGCUAAGCCAGGUGAAGAGGAAGAUCCUGGUGCUGGAUCUGGAUGAGACACUUAUUCACUCCCAUCAUGAUGGGGUCCUGAGGCCCACAGUCCGGCCUGGAACGCCUCCUGACUUCAUUCUCAAGGUGGUAAUAGACAAACAUCCCGUCCGGUUUUUUGUACAUAAGAGGCCCCAUGUGGAUUUCUUCUUGGAAGUGGUGAGCCAGUGGUACGAGUUGGUGGUGUUCACAGCAAGCAUGGAGAUUUACGGCUCUGCUGUGGCAGAUAAACUGGAUAAUAGCAGAAGCAUUCUCAAGAGGAGAUACUACAGACAGCACUGCACUUUGGAAUUGGGCAGCUACAUCAAGGACCUCUCUGUGGUCCACAGUGACCUCUCCAGCAUUGUGAUCCUGGAUAACUCCCCAGGGGCUUACAGGAGCCAUCCAGACAAUGCCAUCCCCAUCAAAUCCUGGUUCAGUGAUCCCAGUGAUACCGCCCUUCUCAACCUGCUUCCAAUGCUGGAUGCCCUCAGGUUCACCGCUGAUGUUCGUUCUGUGCUGAGCCGAAACCUUCACCAACAUAGGCUCUGGUGACAGCUGCUCCCCCUCCACCUGAGUUGGGGUGGGGGGGAAGGGGAGGGUGAGCCCUCGGGAUGCCGUCUGAUGCCCUGUCCAACGGUGAGGACUGCCUGGGCAGGGUCUGCCCCUCCCACCCCUCUGCCCUGGGAGCCUUGCACUCCCUACGGAGUCUGGAUGGACACAAGGGCCAGAUUCUGAAGCAGCCUCACUCUAACUUCGUGUUCGCACUCCUGGAAACCCCAGACUGGGACAUAAGCGGAGACCUAGGAGAGCCGCAACAGUGUCUGGUGGAGAGACAUGACUGGCCAGAGUGAGAGAGACAUUCGGUAAUCCGGGAGGCUCAAAAGAGAAGCCAAGCCAGCUUUGUUGUGAUUUGAUUUUUUAAAAACUCUUGUACAAAACUGAUCUAAUUCUUCACUCCAAGGGCUGGGCUGUGGGUGGGAAACUGGGAUUUUGGGCCACUGGACUUCCCCAGACUUGUCCCCUCCCUUACUUUCCGUCUAUUUGCCCUUCCUCCUAGAUUCCCUCAGAUCUGUAACCAGCUUUCUCUCUCUUUUUUCCUUUCCUCUCUUUUAAACCAUGCAUUAUAACUUUGAAACCAAA